AGGCGAGCGUUACCUUAUCUACCGGGUCGGACCCAGGAGAGAGAGGGUUUGUUGUGUUAUUUCUUCUUCAUUCUCGUCCCCAAUCGCAAGGUUUUACACAAACAAAUUUAUUUUCAUCAAUCGGAUCGAUUCUGAUCGUAAUCAUACCCUCAAUCGAUCAGAUUUUUAUUUUAUACGGUGAAAACUAGGCAAUCAAGAUGAAGACGACUAAAGGCGGGAAAGUUAUGAACCCUACCGAUGCUUAUCGCAAAGAGCUUCGCAAAAAGGAACUGAAAAGAAAUAAGAAAGAAAGGAAGAAGGUGAGGGAGGUGGGGAUUUUGAAGAAAGAUCCCGAUACGCUUAAGGAGCAGAUUGAGAAGCUGGAAGCAAUGAAGGCAGAUGGUGCUCUUGACAAGGCAAGAAAGCACAAAAAGAGACAACUUGAGGACACAUAUAACCUUGUAUUGAAGAAAAGGAAGGAAUAUGAAUCUAAAAUGCGGGAAAAAGGCGAAGAACCAGUAAUGUUUAGUCAUUUGGGACCUCCGCGGAGACGGACAACUGCAGAAGAAGAAGAAGAUAGAGUCAAACAUCCAAAGCCAGAAGAUUCUGUUUACUAUCAUCCAGAAUUAAAUCCAACUGGAGCUCCUCCACCUGGGAAGCCCCAAAUGUAUAAAUCGUCUAUAGGACCACGGAUACCCCUAUCAGCAUCAUCAUCUAGUGGUGCUGCAUCAUCAUCACUAGCAGAGUUGAAUGAUGUUGAUUUGUCAGUUCCUCCUCCACCGCCUCCUCCACCUAUGCCUCAUGUUGGUGAGGUGGACUUGGGAGAUGGCUCUAUUAUACCUGAAUCUUUGCCUUUACCUCCUCCGCCCCCAAAGCCACCUAGGCCUGCUGUAGCAGACUUGGGAACAACUAUGCCUUUGCCACCUGUGCCGCCGCCACCUCCCGGUCCCCCGCCUAAAGAACAAACUGCAGAUCAUCAGCAACUUCCUCCACCACCUGCUGUCCAUAAGUCUCUACAGCCACCCCCUCCGGGAACUGGUGGGCUAGAAAGAGAGAAAAGUCAAUCCAUUAAAUCAGAUGAUAUGAUCUCUCAGGAGCCAGUUCAGGGAUCUGGUAUGCUGCCUCCACCUCCACCUCCAGGAAUGCCACUGAAGCCGGUCGAUAAUCUGUCCGAAGGUGCAUCAUCUAAAUCUAACACCAUUAAUAAUUACUCUGAGAUGAAAGAGCCAUCGAAAAUACUUCCUCCUCCACCUCCUCCCAGGCAACAAGCCACAAUUCCUGGACCUCCCAUACACCCUGCUCUUCAGCAAGAUGUCCUACCCCCAGGAAUUUCAAGGAUUCCUCCACCUCCACCAGAUAUGCGUCCACAAAUAUCUGCUCCUGGGAUAUCUGGUCAACAAGUUCCACCUGGAUUAAUGGUCCCACUAAUGCCAAGACCACCUUAUGGACCUCCCCCAGGGCAUCCUUUAAUGAUGAGACCACCACUUCCACCCGGCCCUCCUCCCAUGUUAGUAGACGAUAUUGGGGCAAGACCAUAUGUACCCCAGAAGCCUUCUUAUGUUAAAUCGGCUGCAUCCACAGUUGUCAAGAGGCCUCUAGCUCAGCACACACCUCAGCUAACAUCUAUGGUUCCUGCAUCUGUGCGCGUGAGGAGGGAGUCUGCUGUUCCAAAGUUGAAACCGAAGCCUCCCCUUUCAUCUGCAGCAGCAGCCACCCUACCAAAAGCUGCUCCAGCUGUUGCAAAAAAGGAGUCUGGUACCUCUUCAUCAGCACUGAAGCCACAGAGCAUUGAUGACUCUUAUAUGGCCUUUUUGGAGGAUAUGAAAGCGCUUGGUGCCCUUGAUAGUUGAGAGCUGAUUUGCCAAUGGGCUGUGGAAUAAGAGUUGCAAUGGAAGGGUCCGAAAGGUAUAGGAAGUGUAUCUACUGGCGCAGACAAAAGUUUUCUGUGCAAUUUAGAAUUCACCUGCGGCUUAUGCCCAGUUGCUUCUGAGUAUCCUUGAUGUUUUUCGUUAAAUAUAGUAUCUGGAAUCUUUGUAUUGGAGGAACGUGUAGCUUAUGAUCUCUUUCAGUGAACAUAGAAAUCAUUAGCUUAAAAUUGUUUGAUUCAGUAAAUUGAAGCAAUUUAUGAGACCUUUUUAUAA